AUGAGUUCCACUAUGUGGUACAUCAUGCAAUCUAUUCAGAGUAAAUAUUCCCUGUCUGAGCGGCUCAGCCGCACCAUCGCUGCCAUUCGCUCUUUCCCACACGACAAUGUGGAUGAUCUCCUUCCGUUGGGAGCUGACGUGAACCGUAUGCAUGCUACUCUAAAGCCCUUGCACUGUGCCUGUAUGGUGCCUGAUGAGGACUGUGUCGAACUGUUGUUGGAGAAAGGAGCAGAGGUGAAUACCCUGGAUGGCUACAACUGCAUGGCGUUGCACUACGCAGCAGAAAGGGGUUGCGUGGAAGUCUUCCUAGAGUAAGGGGCCCAGCCCAACGCCUUAGACGGCACAAAGGACACCCCGCCACACUGGGCCGCCUUCAAGGACAACCCAGAGUGCGUCAGGGCUCUGCUGGAGAGCGGGGCCGGCCCCAACGCACGCGAUUACAACAGCACUCGGUUAAACUGGGCCGCCAUGAAGGGUAACCUAGGGACCAUGAGGGUUCUGUUAGAAUAUGGAGCCCAGGUCCAUGUUACUAACCUGAAGGGCCAGACGCCCAUCUCUCGCCUGGUGGCCCUUCUGGCCCGGGGCCUGGGGACGGAGCAAGAGGAAGAGUGUCUGUAGCUGCUGUGCAGGGCGGCGGGGGGGUUUGAGAUCCGCCGGGUCGGCGGUACCUUACCCAGGGAGCUCAGUAAGGAUCCCCAGCUCCUGGCCAAGCUGACCAGUAUGGUGGCUGAAGCACCGACACUACACACCCUCCCGUGGUGUGCCAUCAGAAAGAGCCUAGGGGUGAGGUUCCUCCCCACCGCGGUCAAAGAGCUGCCUUUACCAGAGUCGGUCAAAGAGUACUUACUGCUGAGAGACUGA